GAGAUGCCUGCCCCGGCUCUGGCGAUGGCGAGCGGCCAGGCGCUCCCGGGCUUCCUGCUCUGCAGCGUGCUGCUGGUGCUCAAGAUGUACGCGUUGGCUGUGAUCACCGGCCAAGUGAGGCUGCGGAAGAAGGCUUUUGCCAACCCUGAGGACGCCCUGCGACACGGGGGCCCCCAGUAUUGCAGAAGUGACCCUGACGUAGAGCGAUGCCUUAGGGCUCACCGCAACGACAUGGAGACCAUCUACCCCUUCCUCUUCCUGGGCCUUGUCUACUCCUUCCUGGGGCCUGACCCCUUCGUGGCCUGGAUGCACUUCCUCAUCUUCUUCCUGGGCCGCCUGGUGCACACGGUGGCCUACCUGGGGCGGCUGCGGGCGCCCACCCGCUCCCUGGCCUACACGGUGGCCCAGCUGCCCUGCGCCUCCAUGGCCUUGCAGAUCCUAUGGGAGGCGGCCCGCCACCUGUGACCACUCACAGCCACCACUAUCCCCAGGGACCGUCCCUGGCUUCAGAUUGUGAUGGGCCCAGGGUCUCCUGUUGAGCCGGCUUCUUGGGGUCCCGCCUGAGAGGGGUGGGGAGCUGUGUGUAAGUGUGUGCCUGUGUGUAGAUGGUGUGUGUCCUCCUCUGGGCGCCCUCCCCCGGUGGAGGACGGUGGGCUCUGUGUGACCGGUCACUCAGGGUUUUUUCUCCUUAAGCAUGUGUGAAUUUUGGAAGCAGCAAUGUCCACCCUAAGAGGAGUCGCAUGGCUGUGUGUGCCUGGAUGCGUGUGCCCGGGUGGGCUCCUGCUUGAGAACACGUGUGUGGUUUUGUUCAUUAAACUGGAGUUU